GAGUGAAGGGCGCUUGAGCUGCGGACUGCAUGAGCGCCGUUAUUAUGGUAUAAAUACCGGGGGCGCCCCUGUUCACGCGCUAUUAAAGCACGCACGACCCAGCGCACGCCCACAGCGAGCGCGCGCGCGCGAGAGAAAGAGAGAAAUAGGGACAGUGGGUAGAGAAAGCUAUUGAGAGAGAGAGACAGUGGGACAGUGGAAAGAGAGAGAGAGGGGGAUUAGGAUGGUGAUCAGGGUUUAUAUCGCCUCAUCGUCCGGCUCUCUCGCGGUGAAAAAGAAUCAGCAGGCUGUGGUGGGCUUUCUAGAGGCAAACCGGAUCAGUUUUGAGGAAGUGGACAUCACCAUGCUGGAGGAGCAGAGACUGUGGAUGUACCAGAACAUUCCAGAAGAGAAAAGACCAGAGAAGGGCAACCCACUGCCCCCUCAGAUCUUUAACGAAACAGUUUACUGCGGGGAUUAUGAAGACUUCUUCCAGUCUAAAGAAACCAACACAGUGUUUUCAUUCCUCCGCCUCAACUCCCAACCUUCAGUGAAGGAUUCUGAAUCCUAGGUUGGGUAGGGAACAUUCCCUGCAGAAGCACUGGACUGAAGCACUGUGUCGCUGUUUUGUGAUGUAUCUUUCUGCCCGAGAGCGUGACGCCUUCACUGCCAGCCAUGCUUUUGCCAAAUCCCCAAAACCUGCUGCCCACCAGCCGUGAAUCAUUACUCUCAGUGGACUACAGAGACCUCUCCUGGCCUGUGAUGUUUAUAUCUGAUUAUAUUGUUGUUGUUCCUGAUGUUUUUUAAUUUUUUGUUUGUAUUGUUGCAUGACCUGCUAUUUCUGUGACGAUCAAACUGAUACUUCCUGUGUUUGGUAUACCGAUGUACCACUUUCUGGCUCUAUCUGGUGUAUUAUGAUCCAUGUAAGCUGUUUGAAAGCAUCUAUAUACAAGAGUAUAUACAUGUAUAUGUGUACUGUACUUAGUAGCAGGUAAUUCCUUGUGUUUUCUAUCUAACGACUAACUAAAAUGGAUCAAAUUCAAGAAUUAGAGAUGCCCAACAGUCUCCCCACAUUCUUACACUGCAACUGUUGCAACGUUGGACAAACUUUGCAGAACUGGCACAAAUCCUACUUAUAUAUGGACAGAACUAUUGGGACGCCUGCUUAACCCUUGUCUGGUGUUCGGGUCUGUGGGACCCGUUUUCAUUUUUCAUCAAAUGAUACUAAAAAAAUAUUUUUUCUAACUCAAACUCAUUGGCAUUGGCUCAUUUUUUGUGAAAAACAUUUAUCAAAACACAUUUUCGAUAAACACACACUGUACUCCCCCCCCCCACACACAUUUAUAUUACAUACAGUAUGUUUGGCCAAGGGUUAAUAAACAUUGCUUCAUUUGUAAAUUUGAAACUAAACAAAUUUUCUACUCAUAUCUUGAGUUAAAUUCAUUUUCUUUUACAUUUUAUUAAAAAAACUAAUAAAAAAAGAGUAGCACUUUUUGAAAGAAAUGUAACAUGAGAAAGGUAAAGGGCAAAUAUUAACCAUGUAAGCUGUUUAUAUUGCUUGCAAUUUAGGUGACGCAAGCAUGUGUAAAGCAUUUUAAUGUAAAAUUGCUUAAUUUUGCUGAAUUAAAUACAAGUAACAAAGUAAACGAGUAACAAAAAUAUGAACACCACACAAUGGUUAAUCAUUGUUUCUAUUGAAAUCAAUGGUAUUAAAAUAGUUUUGUCUAAGAAAAUAAUCCAGCAAAGCAUAGGGUAGCUUUUAAAGUAUAAACUCUUGUAUAUAAUGGCUCACAGGCAAAACCUGAUUUUAUUUUCUAUUAAACUAAAUGGGAAUUUCAAAGCAAUGCUCUGUAGAAGCUUGUUCAACCUGGCAAAUGUUGCUUGAAAGAAUGCAGCUGUGGGCGGAGUAUUGACAGGUCAGUGUGUGUGUGUGUAUGAAUGAUGGUCAGUGAGAGAUAGCUGAAACUCCUCUGUGGAAUAAGGAAAGGCAUUGGAUGGAGGUAAUGCGGGAAGCAGAGAUGGCUCCUGACGUAGUGUUGUCCUUUAUAAAGCUUUGAAGUCUGAUGUUGUUCAGGCCAGAGGGCCAGGGCAUGAUCCUGCACAGGAAACACAGAAUCAGAUCAAAAUAUGCAUGCACUGACCUCGCCUCUCUGUUUCCACUGCCUGCAAAACUUCGGUCAGGGACCAUCACAGCUCCCCAAACUAUACUGUUUUUCUGUUUGGACAGACCACAUUGGGCUCACAAAGGAUCAGGGGUCACAUUUACAAAAACAUUCCCAGUUUUUGAGAUAAGUCUAAAUCAAUUGCCUAAAUUAGUGGCUUCAAUUAAAAAUCAACAUCAACAGUAUUCUGUGAUUAUUAAUCACAUUAAUCACACUGUACUUCUUUGCAUUCUUUACUUUAGUGAGGAGUAAAAAAAAACCAAAUAAAUAUGUAAUAUAGUAUGCAUUUCAGGCUUAUUAAAUUAGAAUAUCUUAAUCUGCUGAAUAAACAUUUCAGGGAGAGUGUUAGCAUUAAACACAACAAAGCUCAGACACAGAAGCCUUAAUGGAGCUCAAACUUCUGGAGAGAAGCAGAAGAAUGAAGAAGGGGACAGAGGAGAUUUAGUCCACAUUUAAACUUCAACCAAAAUUCAUCUACCUUUUGAACUCAGGAGGGACGCUGUGUUUAUACAGAAAUAAAACCACUAAUGCCUCAUCAGGCUCUGUAAAAAGAGGGACUCGUGGGAGAAAUUUGUGACCAAACCUGAUAAAAUGAUUCAUUCGCAUUUAAAAAUUCAUACAUUAAAUCAUCCAGAAUGAUUGCAUGAAUUUAUGUGUUAAUAUUGACAGCACUGUUCUGAAUCAGAUUCAUAAUGUGUUUUUAACUGCAGUAUUAUACACAGCUCUGCUCUUGUAAAGAUGACCAAUCACAAAUAAGAAAACUCUAACAAACGUCAGAAAAUCUGCUUUUGAAUCGUUCUCACCAACUGUCCUUAAAAAGACAUUUUUAAUUAAAAUCAACCUUUAAAUGAGUUUUACAAAGGUUUUGAUAUUCACCAUUCGCUCAAGCAAAUCUUAAGCAUUUUCUUUAGAGGCUCUUUGUGGUUUUCUUAUAGAGCUGCUCCUACUGUAAACUUGUAUUCUGCAUUUUACAGCUUAUCACAAACAAUGCAAAACAUUUUCCUAUACCUAAUUUAUAAUUGUCCAAAUUAAAUUUGUAAAAUGAAAAAAAAAAAAAAAAAACGUAAUUCAAUGAAUUGCUUAACAAAUGUAUUCCUAACAAAUAGUGUACUUUUCCUAGAGAGAAAAACUUCUUGUAUCCAAGAUCCUGUGUUGAUUCUUUCUCCCAGCUUUGCUAUGAACACUGCCUUUUCCUCUUCUUCUGAAUCUUCUGAAUAAUAUGUAAAUGUAGAAUUCUGUUUGUGAAUUAUCUUCAUGUUGUUGUUUAUGUGAACUCUUCUAUGUCUUUCUCUGACCCAUCUUUAACCCAGCAUCAACAUGUGAACAGCACACGCAUGUAAUAUUGUGUAUACUGUACCUCAGUUCAUGCUGCCUGCCAUCAGCGGCCGGAGCCCGAGAGAGCACCGGGAGGGUAGAUUCGUUUAUCAGCUACAGAGAUUCUAUUCUAUUUACCGUAAUUAUCUACAGGGACUAGACAAACUGUGUGUGUGCAUCUGCAUUUGCACAUCUGUGUCUGCAGUAGGAGUGGUGUCCACCAACAUUUGGACAUACGGUGUGCAUUAAUGGAAAUAUGUCUGUUAAUAUAUAUAUAUGGACUAUUGUUCACAUGUUAAUGCUAGUUUCUGAAGGGUCAGCCUCUCUCUCUCUCUCUCUCUCUCUCCUCACUGCCUCGAUUAGACUCUCUCAGGUGUAUGCACUAUAGCAUGUUUGAUGUAGCACACUGUGAUGCCUAAAGACAAUGAAACUCUUCUUUAUCAACAAGAGAAUACUGUAUAUCCUACCGCUAAACUGCUUUAUGUACUGUACCUAUGUGAGAUAUAUUAUGUAAUGUUUACUCUGCUUAACCUCCACACACACACACACUCUUUUUCCCUGUCUCUGUCUAUUCCAUGACUCUCCCACCCCCUCCUCUCUUUCAUUAAAUGAUUCCACAUGAAUGAUUUCUAUAUUAAUACAUUAACACACUCACUCACACACUGCUCUUCAGCCACUGCUCAGUCUUCCUUCCUUUCCCACACACAUACACACACACACACACACACACACACACACACCCUCGUGUACACACAAAAGCCUACUGAAGCACUCCUCUGUCUCAGCUGUAGAUGACGUAUGUUCAAGUUUACUAUUGUCUAUUUUUCACACUAAAUCUAUAUGACCCUAAUAAAGAUCAAUGAUUUAUAAUAAAGUGA